AUGGCAGAUCCUGCUAGUAAUGGAGGUCUUGAUCGAGAUAUUGAACAAGCACUCACUAUUUUGAAGAAAGGAACUCAAAUAAUAAAGUACAGCCGAAAAGCGAAGCCAAAAGUUUGCCCUUUCAGACUCUCCUUGGAUGAAACAACACUGAUUUGGAUUUCUCAUAAAAAGGAAAGGACUCUACAACUAUCUUCGGUUUCACGCAUUAUUCCUGGACAAAGGACCGCUGUGUUUAGAAGAUAUUUGCAACAAGAAAAGGACUAUCUAUCAUUUUCACUCGUUUAUAAUAACGGAGAUCGAACACUUGAUCUGAUAUGCAAGGACAAAGCUGAGGUAGAGGUGUGGUUUGCAGGGCUUAAACAAUUAAUUUCCAACGGAAGGCAUAAAAGGCUUUCUAGGAGUCAAUCAUCAUAUGAUGGUGUUGGUUUUAUUCCAAACGUUCGCCCUUUUGGUGCAGCAUUAGAGUUAUCUACAAGCCUUUCUCGCGGUAGGAUCUCAACCAGCUCAACUGAUUCAGGUCCUCGUGAGUCUUCAUUGUGUUGGGGGAACCCGGAUGUGGGGUUAGAUCGUACAAAUAUGAAUGCAAGGACAAGUAUUGGAGAUGGUUUUCGGGUUAGUGUGUCGAGUACACCUAGCUGUUCGAGUGGAGGAUCAGGACCUGAUGACAUAGAGUCAUUAGGAGAUGUUUAUAUAUGGGGAGAAGUUUGGGCGGAUGCAGUUUCGCCAGACGGAAGUGUCACUCAUCUCCCUUCCACCACAGAUGUAUUGGUUCCUAAGCCUUUAGAGUCAAGUGUUGUUCUUGAUGUUCAACAGAUUGCAUCCGGUGUGCGUCACAUGGCUUUAGUUACUAGGCAAGGAGAAGUUUUCACUUGGGGAGAGGAAUCUGGCGGAAGACUUGGUCACGGAUUGGAUAAAGAUUUUGGCCGACCUCAACUUGUUGAGUUUCUAUCAGUUACUAGUGUGGAGAGUGUUGCGUGCGGAGAGAAUCAUACAUGUGCUGUAUCUCUAUCGGACGAUCUAUUCUCAUGGGGUGAUGGUACGUAUAACGUUGGAAUUCUCGGACACGGAACCGAUGUUAGCCAUUGGAUACCAAAGAGGAUUAGUGGUCCUUUGGAAGGACUUCAAGUUAUAUCGAUUGCAUGUGGUACAUGGCAUUCAGCAUUGGCAACUUCUAAUGGAAAACUUUUCACCUUUGGCGAUGGAACAUUUGGCGUGUUAGGUCAUGGAAAUAGAGAGAGUGUGUCAUAUCCGAAAGAGGUACAAUUGUUAAGUGGUUUGAAGACUAUUAAGGUUGCAUGUGGAGUAUGGCAUACUGCAGCUAUUGUAGAGGUUACUUUUCAAUCAGGUUCGAAUGUUUCCUCACGAAAGCUCUUCACUUGGGGAGACGGCGACAAAAAUCGUUUAGGACAUGGAAACAAGGAAACAUACCUUCAACCUACUUGUGUUUCAACGCUCAUCGAAUAUAAUUUUCACCAGAUUGCGUGUGGACAUACUAUGACUAUAGCUCUCACUACUUCCGGACAUUUAUUUACUGUGGGAGGAACUGAAUUUGGUCAGCUAGGAAAUUCUUUAUCAGAUGGAAAAAUACCGAUACUUGUACAAGACUCAUUGGUGGGUGAGUUUGUCGAGGAAAUAUCAUGUGGAGCACAUCAUGUCGCUGCUUUGACAUCGAGGAGUGAAUUAUUUACUUGGGGUAAAGGUGCGAAUGGAAGAUUAGGACAAGGAGAUAUAGACGAUAGAAAGUCACCGACAAUGGUGGAAGCCUUGAAAGAAAGGCAUGUCAAAAACAUUUCUUGCGGCUCAAGUUUCACUUCUUGCAUAUGCAUUCAUAAAUGGGUAUCUGGAGUUGACCAAUCUGCUUGCACCGGUUGUAGACAACCGUUUGGUUUUACUAGAAAAAGACAUAAUUGUUAUAACUGCGGAUUAGUACAUUGUCAUGGUUGUAGCUCGAGAAAAGUUUUGAAAGCUGCAUUGGCUCCCACGCCAGGAAAGCCUCAUCGUGUAUGUGAUUCUUGCUAUGCUAAGCUUAAAGCGAUCGAGUUAAAUGCGGCUUCCAGUCUUAAUAGAAAAGUUACUACUACACAACCUCGCAAUUCUAUCGAUGGAAGGGAUAGAUACGGCCAAGGAGAAAUAGUAAGAUCUACGAAAAUUCUUUUUCCUCCUUUCUCAGAACCAUUCAAAUAUCUUGAAAUGAGGACUAAUAAUAAGCUCGGAAAUUCUUCCAUGCUGCCACCUUCUCAAAUUCCAUCUAUCACACAAAUGAAAGAAAUGGCAUUUCCAAGUUCAGCAGCAGGUUCCAUUCAAAAUAGUAUGAAGCUUGCGAUAGCUCCAGCUCCACCGUCAACUCCACCUCUCAACUCGAGAUCAGUAUCACCGUAUGCGAGAAGGCCAAGUCCGCCGCGUUCUAACAGUCCAGGAUUUUCAAGAAGUCUUAUCGAAAGUUUGAAGAAGACAAACGAACUAUUGAACCAAGAAGUGUCGAAAUUGCAGAACCAAAAUCGGAGUUUGAAGCAAAAAAGCGACAUGGAAAUUCAGAAACUACAGAAAAACAUUAAGGAUGCCGCGUUAUUAGCUGCAGAAGAAUCUUCUAAACACAAAGCAGCGAAAGAAUUUUUCGAGUCCAUGGUAACUCAGUUGAAGGAAAUGACCGAGCAACUGCCACCAGAAGUUUUAGAGAGCGAAAAAUUUAGUAACAUGGUUGUUCAGGCUGAGAAUUUUCUAGAAGAAAAUCCGAAAUCCGUAACAUGUCCGGUACCAAGAAACUUGGAAUCGAAGAAACAAAGUGAACGCGUAAUAGAAGAAAAUAACGAUGAAGCUGCAGAAGUUAAUCCGUCUCAGGAUGCAGGAGAUGUUUUUCAAGAAAGCAACGGAUCGUCUUUGUCUAAUACCGAAGCAACAGUGGCACCACCACAAAGCUCUGAAAAUGAUUCAAAAUCAUUGAACUCUUCAAGAUCAGUGAGAGAAGGAGAAUCACAAAUCAUCGAACAAUUUGAACCUGGCGUUUACGUGACACUGAUAGUAAAGCCUAACGGUAACAGAGUUUUCAAACGUGUUCGAUUCAGUAAACGAAGGUUUCGUGAAGAUCAAGCAGAACAAUGGUGGAACGAGAACAAAGAAAGGGUGCUUGACAGAUACAAUCCACAUGCAACAAGUUAUAAAGAUGUAGCGCCGUCGAGCAGUACCCUGCCACAGCCUGCGGUUUCUGAAAAUGAAGCAUCGUCGAGCAGUACCGUGCAACCACCGGCUGAAGAAAACAUUGAGGCAGCACCUUCAUAA